AUGGAGUCACCAUCCUAUGCUGGUCACAAGCGCAAAGCCGCCGACGUGAGCUCCGACGAGGAAGAUACACGCCCGACCUCUGGAUUUCGAGGCUUUGCCAGAGCGGCCUCUCGAUCCGAGUCACCUCCAGCUAGAGGCGGCAUUGGUGGCGGCGCCCGCAACAACAGAAACAACAUGACCAACUCUCGCGGCGGUGCGCCAUCGCGCGGCGGAGGUGCCAUGGGUGGGGUAGGAGGAGCAAACAGCUUUGCUGCACGCAUGAUGGCAAAGAUGGGAUACAAGGAGGGACAAGGCCUGGGAACGAGCGGACAGGGUAUCAUGAACCCGAUCGAGGUCCAGGCACGACCGCAAGGUGCAGGCUUAGGCGCUGUCAGCGAGAAGUCGAAAAAAACUCGCGAGGAAGAGCGAAGAAUUGCGGCACAACAUGGAAAGGUCUUGGAGGAUGAUAGCUCAGAAGAGGAGCGAAAACGGCGACGCAAGAAGAAGGAGGAGCGCAAAUCACAGAGUCGGAGUGGGACAGGGACUCCAAUGCAACGCGCUAAGCCUAAAUUCCGCACAGCGCGUGAGAUGGAGGAUGAUAUGCAAGGCCUCGAAGUACCCAAUGUGCUCAAGUCUCUUGUUGAUGCCACCGGAAAGGAGCAACGCGUUUUGACUUCAACUGCUGGUUUGAUGUCCACCAAACAAUUUGUCACUCAAGAAGAAGGCGAAGCACACAAGAUUGCCCAGCGAGCCCGGAACGACCUGGAGGCAUUUGCAGACGAAUGGAAGGGCCUUACAGAGAGAAAGAAGUUCAUCGAGAUCGAGGAAGCUCAGGUCGUGGACGACUUGGAUUCAUACCAAGCCCAGGUCAACCAUCUCACGGGUCUAAUUGCCGCGAUAGAAGAGCUUGACAUCUUUGAACAUGACGACAGCAUCCAAUCAAAGUUCGACGAGAUGACCAGCAAGCUCGAAGCCUUGGAAAAAUAUGGGGAUGUUGAUGAACACCGACUCCCAGAAACCGCCGUUGCGGCUAUUCACCCGCUCUUCCGACAAGCCAUGGAGGAGUGGGAGCCUCUCGAAAACCCUUCAUUUCUUGUGUCAAACCUCACCCGCCUUCAAUCACUUCUUGCUCGUAACAAGCUGAACGAGCCCCUCAAGCGGUCGUCCACCUCACAUUACGAAACAAUGAUAUACACCCUUUGGCUACCACGGGUGCGCCCGGCGCUCCUGAAUGAUUGGGAUGUCUAUGAUUCUUCCAAAGCAACUGCGCUGGUCGUGGCUUGGAAACCAAUUGUGCCCCCAUUUGUUUUCGUGAACGUUCUUGAUCAACUGGUCGUGCCCAAGCUGGCUACAGCCCUCAAAAACUGGAGGCCUCGCACUAGCCGGCGGCAUGCUGGAGCCGGCUCUGAGCAGGAUGGGAAGUUCCCCUGGUGGUUCUUCACCUGGCUUCAAUACCUGGACGAGCGACACACUAACCCGAAACAACCCACUGGUCUCAUGUCCGAUGCAAAGAGAAAAUUCCGUUCCGUUCUUGAUACUUGGAGUCUACGCAAGGGGCUGGUAGAUCGGAUAGAAAUCUGGCGCGAUGCGCUAGGGUCUGAAUUCGAUGUCUGUCUGCGCAAUCAUCUCCUACCACGUCUUGCGCGUCAUCUCCGAGAGAACUUCACGGUCAAUCCGCAGGACCAAGAUCUCACAGCUCUACUCGAUGUCUUGUGCUGGAAAGAUUUCUUCAAGCCCAACGUGAUUGGACUGCUGCUUGUUUCCGAUUUCUUCCCCAAAUGGCACGAAAUUCUGUACAUCUGGCUCACCAACGAUCCAAAUUAUGAGGAAGUCGGCGCUUGGUUCUCAUGGUGGCGCACUCAAAUCCCGACAGAAGUCAACGAGCUCACCAUCGUUGACGAACAGUGGAAUAAGGGCCUGGAGACGAUGAACCUUGCUUCACAACUCGGUGAGCGUGCAUCCACGGAGCUUCCGCGCCCUGUCACUACUCAGACCGCACUUCCGACCCGCGAAGAAAAGGUCGCCGCCGCCACAGCCGCUGCUGCUUCUACUGAAACCAAGAGCAGGCCACCUGUCGUGGAAGAAGUUGCUUUCAAGGACAUUCUCGAAAGUUGGUGCAUGGAACAAGGACUCAUCAUGCUCCCCCUACGCGAAGCUCAUCCGCAAAACGGUCAACCACUAUUCCGCAUCACGGCCAGUGCUACUGGCAAAGGUGGUUGUAUAUCAUUUGUCCAGGGAGACGUGGUUUGGGUACAAAACAAAAAGUCCAAAGAAAUUUGGGAGCCAAUGGGGCUGGAAGAUCAGUUGGUGGACCGCGCAGAAGGUAAAUAA